UUUAAGGAUUUAGCUAUUUGAGUUAAAUCCCACUGGUAGCCAAACAGCCCCUAAGGAACCGCCAUGUCUCUUUCCGGCGAUCUGUACUCUUUCCGCCCGCCGGGUCGUUGAUCUCCCUGCUCCUAUUGAUGAUAAUCGCGGAGCGAAAGAACAAUAUCUUCUCCCUUGCCUUCUCUUCUGCUUAGGGCUUUCCAUGGCUGAGUCGAUCUGCAGGUCCUUGAGGGAUGGGUCUAUUGAGGGAGAACAUUCGCCCGCACUAACUAUUAAGGAUUCGCUGCAAAGCCAUGCAGGAACCCAUGCAUUCAAUUACUUUCUGUGCUCUCUCGCCGCCAAUGUCUGCGCCGGAAAAUCCCAAGCGCGGGGAUUGGUACUUGUUGCUUUUAGCCAAAGCCCGUCGUUCUACUUAAGUUUGCUAAAACGCAAACGAAUGGAUGCAUCGCUGUUGACAAAAUGCUUGCGGAUUCUCGACUGUUACUCUGAUCCUCUUGGUUGGAAGGAAAAGAUUCGCCAGUCUAGUGGCCCUGAUAAGCCAGUUUUUACGGAGUCUGACUAUGUAUGCAGGGAUGUGAAGGAUAUCACCAAAUUGUUGUCUUCAAUUCUGGAACUUGGAAAAGGAUUUUCAGAAGGCAGGGCUUACUUUGCAGUUGCCAUCGACUCUGUUAGUUCGAUGCUAAAGCAUGCUUCAUUGCCAUCGAUUGCAGGUUUUAUUAGCAACCUUAGAAGCCAUGCUCAAGUUUCAAGCAUGCUAUGGCUAUUGCAUGCUGACCUUCAUGAACCCAGGUCUACUGCAGUUCUUGAAUAUAUGUCUUCUAUAGUAGCUAGUGUUGAGCCAAUGGUUGAAAUAACUGAUGGACAGAAAGGCUCUGACAACCUGUUUUGGCUUGGAAGAGGUUUGCAGAAAGGAAGGUUCCAUGUUCGUUUCAAGCGUCGUAAUGGCAGAGUAAAACUUUUUAAUGAAGAAUUUCAUAUUGAACACACUGGAAUUACAUUUUCAACUCCGUCAUCUGAAAACAUAGUAGUUAGCCAAACAUUGCUGCCAAAGCAGUUGCAAUUUAAUCUCCAGCUUUCAGAAAAGGAAAGAGCUGAUAGGUCAAGGGUUUUACUUCCAUUUGAACACCAAGGCAACGGUGAGCCCAUUCAAAUAUAUGAUGGGCGGCGAUCCCUUACUGAGAGCAAUACGGGUCUGAAUGGCUUGCAGCAGCAUGCUUUGUCCAUAGAAAUGGAAGCCCAGAGAAUGCAAAGCAAGGGUGAGAUACAUUACAUUCGUGAUUCAGAUGAUGAACAACCUGAUUCGGAUGAAGAUCCUGAUGAUGAUUUGGACAUAUAGGUUUCAUUUGGGACGGCUUUUUCGCUGCUUCUUAAAGCAGUUUUUUAGUACAAAAUUUUAUUUUUUGUACUAUAAAUCUGCUUUAAGAAGUAGUAAGAAAGCUAUUUGGCCAUAGUUUUGAUUCUGCCCUAAGAGUGUUAAACAACGCUGUGUAAGGGAUUAUUCAUGAUGCAUGAUUAGUGCUCUGGUAGUAUUUCUUUUUAGGAGGAUUUGUAUUUGCCACUGAAUUUUUUGUGUUUUUACAUAUUUAAUAUCUAAUAAAUUAUAUUCAUUUAUGUAAA